GAAACAUUUUGUCUGCGUUGAAGAGUAGUUCUAUGCCGCAAUAGAAUUAAUUCAGUAAAUGUAAAUCUUGUUAAAAGAAAAGAAACUUAAGGAAAAAAUUCAAAAGAAUUAAAGUGAAAAAAUAAAUUAAAAUUAUUUGUGCAAAUUUAUAAAAAAUUAAGUGCAAAUUGACUAUUUUUUAAAUAUUAAAAAAAAUACAUUUUUAUUAAAUUACAAAAAAAUAAAAUAAAUUCAUAUAUAAAAAUGGCAAGUGCAGAAGCUAAGCAAAAUGAAAAACCAACUGAAAAUGGCAGCGCCGUUGCUGAACAGGUUAAGGAUACACAAAACCUUUUACCACAUUUGGAAUCAUUAGAACGCAUCAUUAAAUUGCCAGUAGUUGGCGCAGCUUGGGAUAAAAGCCAAGACGUUUAUGGCAAAGUAAAAGGGAAAAAUCGAGUUUUCAACUGGGCUUUGAGCGCCGCUGAAGAUUGCGUUACUCGUGCCGUGACAACAGCUGCACCAAUUGUCUCAAAACUUGAUCGUCCUAUUCAAUACAUGGAUCAAACUCUCGUUAAAGGCAUUGAUAAAUUGGAAGUUAAGGCUCCAAUUAUCAAGGACACACCACAAGAGAUCUACAAUCAAGCCAAGAGCAAAGUGAUCGAUGUUGUCCAGCCACACAUUGAUCGUGUGGUCAAAUUCAAAGCGGCAGGACAACAGAAGGCAGCUUCUCUUAAGGAGUUGGCUUGGCAAAAGGCUAAUGAAGUUUUGGCUACACAAUAUGGUAGCUUGGCUGUAACUGGUGUUGAUACUACAACAGCCUUAGCUGAACGUUUACUGGAAUACUAUUUCCCAAAGAGUGAAUCCGAUGUGGAGGAAGAUAAUGAUAAUAAGCAAAUAAAUGUCACAAAUGGCAACCUAGCAGAAAAUGAUAUACCAGUUCCCGCAAGCGAGGACCCAGUACUCCACACCGUACAAACAGUUGGCAGACUCUCCAAUAAGAUCUCGCGUCGCGUCUAUAGAAAUGUCUCCCGCCAGAUCAAGCAAGUGCAAAAAGGAAACAUAAACGAUUAUCUGAGCUCAUUGAUUGCUGCUCUAAGACUACACCAGUAUAUCAAUUUCAUCAACUCAUCCAUGGGUACAAAUAGUGAGCAGUCGUCGUUGAGCGAUUCACCGUCAACUACAUCGGGGACAAGCAAUAGCAAGCAAGGAGCGGCUACUAAGUGAACUUCUCGUUCACCGAAAAGUUUAGCCAAACCAAUUGUGUUGCAUUCUUUUUAAGUUUAUUAAUAUUAAUAAUAAUAAUAAUAAUAAUAUUAAAUUUCGCAUAAAUAAUAAUAAUGAAACCACCCACAAUUUAAGUUUAAGGAAAUUUUUGUUCAAACAUCGAUUUUUUUAUUAAAAUUAUUUUCUUUGCUCAUCUAUUUCUGCUUGUAUUUCUAAAGCCAUAAAUUGUAUCUUUUAAAAACGUUUUUAGUCUCGUAGUUUAGAUACACCAUAUUAUAUAUUGAUAUAUAUGUAUAUAUUAAUAUAUAUAUGUAUUUAUAUACUAUUCUAUAUAUAUAAUAUUUUUAUAAAAUUUGUUAGUUUAGUGGAUCCGCGUCGCGUCGCACAUACAAAUGUAAAUAUUUAUUAAAAUUAAUUUUAAAGAAAAUUUAUUGUCAUUGCAUUUGCGUAUGAGUAAAAAAUGGAUACGAAAUUCUAUUUUUAAAUUUCACAUAUAUUAAUUCUUAAGCUUUUAGUUCUAAUAUUAGCUGUGCUAAACCUACAUUGAUAUCAGUACAUGUACGCAAUUUAACAAGAAUAUAAAAUAUGAAUUUAUAUUGAAUUAUGAAAUAUAUGAAAUUUAUAUU